GGCCUCUCCAAGAGGCGAAAAACAUCGCCUCAGCCUGAAAGCAUGCCAAACUUCAUGCUCUCGUCCAGAAAAGCCAAGGGAAAACAGCCCGAGGUCAAGAGACAGAAGCUCGAGAUAUUCGACUUCGUUGCUGUUCCUCCCAGACGUAGAUCUUCGAUCACGAUGACUCCAUCAGCUCGACUUUCGGAGAAGAAACAUGUCCCUUCAUCACCCCUGCCACCAGAGCUUGAAGAUCUAUCGGGAUUCUCCUCCGACUCGUCAUUGACUAGUCUUUCUUCUAACGGUGACUCUCCUUCAAGCUCCCGACCCCGCCCUGCUCCUCGCCCUCAAAAGCAAGUCACGUACACGACUAGAAGGCAUAGGCCGUCUCUUAUCCCGCCUACCAAUGUCCCUGCUUUGCAGGAGCCAUCCUUCGAUCUGCCCUUCCCACCGGUUGAGGUGGACGAUGGGAGAGAUCCGUCCUAUGUACCAUCGAGGCGGACAUUUUCUGGUCCGACUGCGUCCCCCAAACGCCCUUCACGGAGGCAAAAUGCCCCAUCGAAACCACUGAGCCCAGUGCGCCCAGUCACGAUCAGCGAUAAGCCGCCUGCAAGUCGUUCUGUGCCAGACCCAGGUACACAACAGCGUCCGCCGGAGCCCCCUCCCCUGCGACGCGUAACCCUACUUCUAUCUCCCCCGUCUCCCGUCGUGGCUUCCGACGAUCGCUUGGUGGGCCUCACCCGCUUCAACGUUCAAGUUUCCGACCCUACCCUUCUACGGGCGACUGUCAAUCGUCACCGCCUGGCGGAGCUAUACGGCGGGAACGCAAUGCGGAUGUGUGUCACGACGAGCGGGCGUAAUUUCAUCUUCCCGACACUCAAGCAGAAUCCGCGGCUCCCCUCCGACGUCGGCCUGCAAGGUUUGCUUCUGCGCGCGAACGAGGAGAUGGAGUGGAAGGGCGACGUCCAGACGGUGUUCGUCGGGCUGAAGGGCUCGCAUUACAAGUAUAUGGGGGAGUAUAGACUGACACUCGGGGAGCCACUGUCGGCUGAAGAGUACAGGGCUCUCUUACCCUCGCUCCGAAGGAAUUGGGCUAGAAGCAUCGCGUCCAAGUCGAAAUACAAAGGCAUCCGCGUUCGCAUUAGGAUGCGGCGCACUCACGACCGUAAGGCAACAGCGGAGGAGAUUGCUGUCGCUCUCGAAGAUAAGGGGGACAAGUGCGAAGUCGCCGUAGAGUAUGUGAUGAGUGCGUACGAAAGUGGGCAAGAGCGGAUGCUUGUGUGGCGUAUGCAAUGUGUCGCGUUCGACGAGGCAUUCCUAGCCGAUCUCGUUAGUAGGUUGUGACUCGAGCUGGGUCGAGAGGAUCUGUCGUUUCUCGUUGUAAGAUGUGUAACAGUCUGAUCAAUUCUCGUCAGUCUCUUUUUUGAGAUACCCGCCGUUGUACAAUAGCAUGUUUCGGAUUGUGCGGUACUCGCUCUCUCUAGGCUGGUCAUCCGA